CGGAUUCGAUCAUUUAACAUCGUCUCGCACUCCAAACCUUCGCACAGCCUAGCACCGGACCCAAGACCGAACCAACCCAUCCGUCAUGGCCACAACUCUGACAUGGCAACCCCUACUCUCCUUAAAGCCCCGCCUCCUCCAUACCCCUUCCCCCUAUCGUCCCCACCGAGCCACGCCCGUCCGCCGCUUCGCUCCCAUCCGGGCCUUCAGGCGCAGCGACAUCGACGGCUUCGCGCGGCGCAUGGUCUCCGGCGAGUUAUACGGGAACGCCUGGCGCAGCGCCAACGACGGGAUCGAGCAGCUCGUCUUCGAGGCCAAGAAGGCUGCCGAGCGCCUUGACCGCCGCUACUCCGUCACGCGCCGCCUCAGUUCAGUCGCCCGCUCCGCCGCCGACCGCGCCCGCUACCUCGACAGGGAGCUCGAGAUUAGGCUUCGAUGGCGUACUUUCACCAUGGACUUCAACAGAAACUUGCCAAGGUACAGGAAGCAGCUCAAUGAUUUUCUGGAUACUCCACUAGGAAGAAGUUUUGCAACAAUUUUCUUCCUCUGGUUUGCAUUAUCAGGAUGGCUUUUUCGGUUCUUGAUAUUUACAACAUGGAUACUGCCAUUUGCUGGUCCUCUUCUCAUUGGAACUAUUGCCAAUAACCUCGUUAUAAAGGGUGCUUGUCCAGCAUGUAAGAGGCAAUUUGCUGGUUACAAGAACCAAAUGAUUCGUUGUACAAGCUGUGGAAACGUCGUAUGGCAGCCGGAAGGGGACGACUUCUUUUCAAGAGAUGGGAGAGGCACCACUACUUCAAAGUCUGACCCUGAGAUUAUAGACGUGGAGUUUGAGGAGAAAUGACUGGGAUACACAAAUGGUGCUGUGGCCACUCAAAGGUGGACUUUGUAUACAAAGAUUUUAGAAGAAGAGAAGAAUGUCACAAACCGACCAUGAAACAAACCGCCACAAACUAAACGUUGUGUAGAUGUUUGAUAUAUAAGAAAAUAGUCAAGGAAGGGGUCGGAAUUGGGUUCGAUAUAUGCUUUGUUGAUGUGUACUUCUGGGAAGAUAAUCAAAGAUUUCACUGCACAUUAGAUCUGUAUGUAGUCUUUUGUUAUUUGUAUAUAUUUCUUUGUUGAUGUUAA